AUGUCUGCAUCAGCCACUUCGUCGUCGACGGGGUCACAGAAGCUUGACGCAGUCGUGCAGCAGCAAGCCCCUGCGGCUUUAAAACCUGGCCCAAAAGGUCUCGAUUUAUACUCACGGUUUGCGCUCGCGGGUGCCGUCUGUUGCUCUGUUACUCAUGGCGGACUCACACCUGUGGAUGUCGUGAAGACAAGAAUACAGCUUGAUCCGGUAACAUAUAACAGGGGCAUGAUUGGCGGCUUCAGGCAGGUUAUUGCCAAUGAAGGCGCAGGUGCCCUCUUGACUGGCUUUGGUCCCACGGCAGCUGGGUAUUUCCUUCAAGGCGCCUUCAAAUUUGGAGGAUAUGAGCUCUUCAAGCAGCAGUUCAUCAACUAUCUUGGAUACGAAACGGCAUCAAACAACCGCACAGCAGUCUACCUGGGGUCUUCAGCUCUUGCAGAAUUCUUCGCAGAUAUCGCACUUUGCCCGCUGGAAGCAACCAGGAUUCGACUCGUGUCACAGCCAGAGUUCGCCAGUGGCCUCAUCAGCGGAUUUGGAAAGAUCGCCUCACAAGAAGGUCUUGGAGCUUUCUAUUCUGGCUUCGGACCAAUUUUAUUUAAACAAGUCCCAUAUACAAUGGCCAAGUUCGUCGUGUACGAGAAGGUGGCAGAAGCAGUCUACCGACAAGUAGAUAAAUCACAGGCUUCAGAUGGGACGCAGACAGUCAUCAAUCUAGGAUCUGGUCUCAUGGCCGGCUUUGCAGCUGCCCUUGUCUCCCAGCCAGCCGAUACAAUGCUAAGCAAGAUCAAUAAGACAAAAGGACUCCCAGGCGAGGGAACGACGAGUCGUCUGAUCAAGAUCGGCAAAGAACUUGGCCUUCGCGGCAGCUAUACUGGCAUUGGAGCAAGGUUAUUCAUGGUUGGCUUGUGA